AUGGCAGCUGGAGAAGCAGCAGCAUUGCCAGCAGCAGCAGUCGCAGCCAAAGCAGCAGUAGCAGUAGUAGCAGCAGCAGCAGCAGCAGCAGACGGAGGAGGAGCAGCAGCAGCAGCAGCAGCAGCAGCAGCAGCAGCAGCAGCAGCAGCAGCAGCAGCAGCAGCAGCAGCCGCAGCCGGAGGAGCAGCCGCAGCAGCAGCAGCAGCAGCAGCAGCAGUUGGAGGUGCAGCAGCCGCAGCAGAAGCAGCAGCAGCCACAGCAACAGCAGCAUCCACCUCAUUCAUCUCCGUCUAA